UUAGUUCCAAAUUUCCCCCACCCUUAACUGUGAUCGGUAUGUCAGCAAAUUGCGAGAAGCGCGUGUAACAAGACAUUUAAGGAUAUUUCAUACUGUGUCUUUCUGAUUCUCUGUCGUGAUUACCAGAAAAAUUGCCUGAAAACCUGUCUUGAACGAUUGGUUAUUAAUAGUGUGCUUCAACUAAUAUGGGGUUACGCCCGUGGCGGUUCAUGCUGAUUGACAACCUGCAAUGGCUUGCAUUGAUACUUUUACUUUCACAAUUCAUAGUCAUUGUUCAUUCAGUCGCCAGUAAUCUACACUUGAUUGAUGGCACAAGUAUUCCAGAAGUGUUAGGUUCGGAUGUUUUUUUUGAAAUUAUAGAUCCUAGAGAAUUGGGUUAUACGUACAGAUUACGCCCAGCAAAGGACUUUGGUGCACCAUUUAAUGACAGCUUUCAAGCAAUGGGUAUCGGUUUGGUUCCAGUCGACCCUCCCAGUGGUUGUGGCUGGCCUCGUAAUGCUGAAAGUGUGGAGGGUAAUAUUGCAUUAGUUGAAAGAGGGGAAUGUUCCUUUGUCACCAAAGCUUUGAAAAUGGAAGAAGUUGGAGCUUUAGCUGUAAUAGUUGCUGAUAAUGAUAUCAAAGGAGAUGAACACUUUAUUGACAUGGUUGAUGAUAAUACUUUAAGAGAGGUUCAUAUCCCGGCUGGAUUUUUACUUGGGAGAAAUGGGCACAUGAUUCGGAGAACUUUGGCAAAGUUACAUAGGAAGAGAGCUGUGAUAAAUAUUCCAAUCAAUCUUACGUACGUACCAGUAGUGAAACAUAAGCAACCUCCAUGGCUUGGCUGGUAAUUUUAUGGUCUUCAAAUGAAUCAAAAGAGAACUCAAAUGAUCCAAACAUGACUAAUGCAACAAGGUUUCAUCAAUGUCUCUUUUGAUAACUGUUAAACAGCAAUUUUUAAGCUAGUCAUUUGUACCUUUCUAAGUAUUUUGAACUGAUUCAUAGCUAUGCCUUUUUAUUGAGCCUUGUUGAGUAAUGAACUACCCAUCACAAAAUCGUCACAAAUCCUUUUAACUCUGUUCUUAUUCUAUUCAAUCAAGUCUUUCAACACAUAAAUUGUUAUGAUACUCAAGAUUUUACCUGUCUGAACUUGAUAAGAGCUGUGGCACGUUAACAACAAUUGUCGCCCAGGAGAAAAAUUUGUGUCAGUCAUCAUAGUAUUUUUAGGCCUCAUGGUUAACUGGGCAAUAUUGACAAAUAUUUUGGCCCCAAGUUCUGAAAUAUUUCAUUACCACUGACUAUUACUGAAGUGCAAUAAUCUUAAAAUCUGUUACCUAUUUAUUCUUUCCUGAGAUUGUUUGAAAAUGGCAUAGUGGUAAUAGGACAAGUUUUACCUUAAUAUUUAUACUGUACUCGGUUGUAUUUCUAUGUGCUGUUAAUUGCAAAUAGUGACUAGAUUGUAGGCACUCUGAGGAGUGAUCUUUUUUUGUUAAUUUGAAAACUAUUUGUUGGGACUUGCUAGAUGCUCUUGUCUACACUGUGCCUUAAGUCAUUGUACAUAGUAUUGCAGACUAAUAUAAUUUGUUUCUCUAGUUUGGUCGCUGUUUUUAAUAUUCUAGUUCAAAUUGAUCGAUUAUCAAAAUUUGUUCCCCAUAAAUUUUUGACAGAAAAUGAUAGAGAAUUUAAGGAUGGCAUAUGAAAAUUGCUCAAAUACCUAUAAACUUUUCUUCCAGGCAAAUAUUUGAAUCAGUUAUGUUCAAAAUAACUAAUAGGAUUUUUGUUACUAAGAGAUUGGCAAUAAUAUUUGAUAUCAUGUCUGAAAACAAAAAUAAUAAAACCUUAAAUUGUUA